UCUCACUAUCCUCCCGUUGUCGUCGCCUCCUCCCGAACCACUCUCCCUAUCCCCGACUCCAGAACCCCUCCCCAGCAGGCUCCAAUGGCGGCGAAGGAACCGAUGCGCGUGCUCGUCACCGGCGCCGCAGGACAAAUUGGAUAUGCUCUUGUUCCGAUGAUUGCUAGGGGAAUUAUGCUUGGUGCGGACCAGCCUGUUAUUCUGCAUAUGCUGGAUAUUCCACCAGCUGCUGAAGCUCUUAAUGGUGUUAAGAUGGAGUUGGUUGAUGCCGCAUUUCCACUUCUCAAGGGAGUUGUUGCAACAACUGAUGUUGUUGAGGCUUGCACUGGUGUGAAUGUUGCGGUUAUGGUUGGUGGAUUCCCCAGGAAGGAGGGAAUGGAAAGGAAGGAUGUUAUGUCUAAGAAUGUUUCAAUCUACAAAUCUCAAGCAUCUGCCCUUGAAGCCCAUGCAGCCCCGAAUUGCAAGGUUCUGGUUGUUGCCAAUCCAGCAAACACCAAUGCUCUUAUCUUAAAAGAGUUUGCUCCAUCUAUUCCUGAGAAGAACAUCAGUUGUUUGACCCGCCUAGACCAUAACAGGGCACUCGGUCAGAUCUCUGAGAGACUUGAUGUCCAAGUUAGUGAUGUGAAGAAUGUUAUCAUCUGGGGUAAUCACUCUUCCAGUCAGUACCCUGAUGUGAACCACGCCACCGUGAAGACUUCCAGUGGCGAGAAGCCUGUUCGCGAACUUGUUAAAGACGAUGAAUGGCUAAAUGCAGGGUUCAUUGCCACUGUCCAGCAGCGUGGUGCUGCAAUCAUCAAAGCGAGGAAGCUCUCCAGUGCUCUCUCUGCUGCCAGCUCUGCUUGUGACCACAUCCGUGAUUGGGUUCUCGGAACCCCUGAGGGAACAUUUGUUUCCAUGGGUGUGUAUUCUGAUGGUUCAUACGGUGUGCCUGCUGGGCUUAUCUACUCCUUCCCAGUAACUUGCUGCGGUGGUGAAUGGACAAUUGUUCAAGGGCUCCCGAUCGACGAGUUCUCAAGAAAGAAGAUGGAUGCCACAGCCCAGGAGCUCUCGGAGGAGAAGGCUCUCGCCUACUCGUGCCUCGAGUAACUGCGUACCAGGGAGCAGCUGCCGCUCUGAUGUUUUGAAUAAAAGGAACAUUUUGGCUCCAUGAAACUCAUCUCAACUCAGAACAGUUGCACAUCGCGGUGCCUUUAGCUGGUUUUUCCAGUGUGUAUGAAUGAGGCUUUUGUAGCUCUAUUUUCGCCUGAUGAUUUACAGGACAGGAUAUUGGCAGGAAGAUUGGAACAAUUUGACGUCUGAUUAAAACCAACCUCUUAUUA